CCAGAUGAUCGAGUCCCUAAUUUAAUGGAGGACGAUUUACCCGAUUUUAUUCGAUAACAAGAGUGAAAUUAUUUAUAUUAGUGACUUAGUAGUGCGCAAUAUUUAUUCAGAAUGCCAUUGACGCUGAAACCGAUGAGGUAUGCUCAUCCGGAGGGUCACACGUCCGUUUGCUACUUCACUGGAGAAAAAGGUGGCUUAAUAACCUGUGGAGCAGACGGUGACGUUCGAUCAUGGCUAGACCUGAUGGACGACGACCCCUCCGACAGUUGCAUAGCGGAGCAAGCGACCUGCUGCCUCUCCAAAUCCUCAAACAUCUACGUAGGAAACGACAACAACACAGUCCAAAUCCUCACCUACCCCGACCUCGAGAAAUCCGGUAUAGUGACGCGUUUCUCCUCGACAGUCUCCUGCCUCGCCAGCACCCAAACCAGCAGCCUGCUAGUCUCCGGUGGCUGUGACAUGCGUCUCCAGAUAACAAACCUGGAGACGUCGACCACAACCGAGCUGCAGGGCCACGAGGCGCCGAUCCUGGGAGUCAGCCUGGACCCAAAGGAGGAGUUCGUCGCCUCCUCCAGUGGAGACGGCACCCUCCGCAUCUGGAGCAUCAAGGAGAAGAAGCCCAUUCACACCCUCAACGUAGUCCCAAAAUGCAAUUCAUUCUUCACAGCUAAACUCCACUCAACCCCCUCGUUCGACCCAAAAGAUGGGAAAUACUUGGCCUACCCCCAGAGCUCUGAAGUGAUCGUCACCGAGAGGGGCACCUGGAGGGAACUCUUCAGACUAUCCUCUCCCAACUUGAAACAGGACAUUAACAUCUGCAAAUUUUCGGAAUGUGGAACGAGACUGGCGGCUUCUUCGGUGAUAGGAGAAGUCGUCGUCUGGGAUGUGGUGAGCCAGAGGGAAAUUGGAAGCGUCGAGCACCACCAGAAGUCCAAGAUAACUUGUCUUGUGUGGCACCUGAAGACCCCAACAGAGCUGGCCUUCUGCGACAGUCUGGGUCAGCUGGGGUCCAUCGACGUUUCAGCUGAGGAAUCCCUGAAUGAUUCCUCAGAACUCCUCACGAAUGGCCAAGAGGUCGAGGAGGACGGCCACAUGAACUUGGAUGAGGACGAAGACGAUGAGAACGUCAUCUCCUUGAGUAGAUUGAAGGCUUCAGUCCUCGGGGAUGACGCCGCGAGCCACUCGGACGUGCUGUCAGUCCAUGGGGACAAGCAGGUGCUGCCUCAGGUCCACAUGCAGGACGCGUUUCAGCCAGGAUCGACUCCGGUUCACUUGCUGUCUAGAUUCAUGAUGUGGAACGACGUGGGGAUCGUCAAGUGUUACAAGAGUGAGGACGAGGAGGACUCCACGAUUGAGGUGGAGUUCCAUGACACCUCUGUCCACCACAGCAUGCACAUGAAUAAUUAUCUUGGUCAUACCAUGGCAGCACUCUCCACUGAGGCACUUGCUCUCGGCUGUCCCUCGUCAGAUGGAGAUGCCAGCAAAUUGGUGGUGAUAAUGCUGCAGGCCUGGGGGACUGGCAACAAAGAGUGGAGCAUUGAUCUUCAUGGAGACGAGGAGGCACGAGCUGUGGCUGCUGGCAGCAAUUUCGUGGCUCUGGCGACGUCCAAGAGACAUCUGAGGAUCUUCAUGAUCUCGGGGGUUCAGAGGGAGGUUGUGGCCAUACCUGGGGCUGUCGUUGCCAUUAAUGCACUGGGGAACCAUCUGGUGGUGGCGUACCACUCGGGGGUCGGGGUCGCCAACGACCAGGUGAUGAGUCUCAUGUGGCUGCAGGUUCGUGGAGGUCUGGUUAAAUCCCAGACACUUCCCCUCCCUCUCUCCCCCCAGAAUGAGCUCAUGUGGCUGGGAAUGACUGAUCGAGCGUCACCAGCUGUCAUGGAUGCCGAUGGGGUCAUCAGGGUCUACAGCAAAAAGUCUGGCCUCUGGAGGGUUGCUAUCGACACUGGGCACCAGCCCAAGGGGAAGAUGGAUCAGUAUUUUGUUGUGGGUAUCAGCGAGAGGGAGAGAUGCAUCAGGUGUGUCCUGUGCAAGGGAAGUCAUUACCCUGCUACCACACCCAGACCAACUGUCGUUGAAAUCCCCUUCGAUACUCCGCUGUGUGAGGGCGAGGCAGACAGAACGAGGAAGGAAGCUGCCAUCUGGAAAAUUGGGACGUGUCCAGAGGACGAGGACACUGCCUUGUUCAUGCUCAUUGGGUAUUUCUGCAAUAAUAAACUCGAGCAUUGUGUUGUUGAUCUGUGUCAGAAUGUCGCUAAACAGAGCUUAAUUGAGUUGGCUAUCAAGUAUGCCAGGAAGACUGAUCGAAUUGCUCUGGCGAAAAAAUUACAGACCAUUGCGGAGGCCAGAAUGGGGGAGGGGGAGGCGGAGGGAGAGGGCGAGAGGGGGGAGGAGGAUGUCGUGUCACAGGAUAUGUUCGAGGGGAUGGAGGAGGAGAAGGGGGAGACUGUGGAGGAGGAGAUACUCUUGACACCGAUUGGAAAUAGGAAACCUGAGACGAUUGAAAUUAAACCGUUGAGUCUUAGUUUCAAGAGGGGAAAUCCGUUCUUGAAGAAACAGACGACUGCUUCACCUAAUGCACUCGAUGGACUAAACACACUUCCCGUCAAGCCUCAGAAGAUCCCAACGAUAUCCAUCACAAAACCAAAAGCAAAACCAAAAAUGCUGGCCGAGAAGAAGCCAAGUUUUGUCACUUGGUUCGAUAAGAACAAGCAAGAAUUGCAGGAGGAAUUCCCAGAGGUUGCUCCACGCGAUCUAACGAAAAUUGGAUUGGAGAGGUACAAGGCGGAGUCUGAUUCACAGGACCUUGAGACGAAGAAAAGAAAAUUGUCGGAUUAUGGGCCGCUGGAUGCCAUCCAGGAAGCGAUGGGGGUCAUGGGCCCCUGGCAGAUCGUCAUCACCAUUGCCCUGUCCUUGGUGAAUUUCCCAGUGGCUUGGCAUCAACUGUCAAUCGUCUUCCUGGCACCUCCAGCCAAUUUUACUUGUGCUGACCGCCUGCCUGUUAAUAAUACACCUGUAUUCGCGAAUACGAGGGAACAAUGUUUCGUUAACUCCACUGGGUCCAAUGACACUGAAACUGGAUCACUAGUGAAAUGCAACAAGUUCGAAUAUGAUAAGAGUGUUUUCGAAAGCACAAUCAUCACUGAGUGGGAUUUAAUUUGCGACCGUCAACAACUAGCCAACAUAGCCCAAUCAUGCACAAUGUUCGGUAUUCUCGUUGGCAACAUGGUAUUCAGCAUGAUGGCAGAUAGGAUUGGUAGGAAAAUUCCUCUGAUGAUAGCUGUGGUGGUGCAAUCGGUGACGGGGCUAUUGAGCAGUUUCUCCCCCUGGUUCGAAUUGUUCCUGCUGUGCAAAUUCGUCGCCGCCAUUGCGACGGGCGGGACCAUGUUGAUCAGUUUCGUCUUGCUCAUGGAAGUCGUCGGUAUCGAGUGGCGUUCAACACUGUCCGUCCUAUUUCAUAUUCCAUUCCUUCUGGGCCACUUGUUGAUUCCGUUGAUCGCGUAUUAUACGCGAGCGUGGAGGAUAUUCUUGAUUGCUGUUUCACUACCACCAAUUCUGUUACUUUCCUAUUAUUGGCUAGUCCCAGAAUCUCCGCGAUGGCUCUUGGCAGUGGGCAAAAUAAAGAGAGCCCGCAAAGUAUUGAAAGCAGCUGCGAAGAGAAACUCAAUCCCCGAGGACAAGGUAACAGCCGCUAUCGAAUCGCACUCAAACCAAUGUGGCAAAGAGAUUGAAACCGAUACAGAAUCAUCAAAAACCUACAAUCUGUUCGAUUUAUUCCGCACCCCCAAUAUGCGUAUCAGAAGUAUCUGCAUAGCUGUCAACUGGUUCGUCUGUGGUAUCUGCUUCUUCGGUCUGGCUCAGUACGUCGGACAAUUGGAGGGAGAUAUAUUCGUGAAUGUUGCUGUAUCAGCUGCUUGCGAACUACCGGGCAUCCUCAUCGUUCUCUUCCUGAUAUCGAGAGUGUCUCGAUUGAAGAUUCUCAUCGGUGGUAAUGUAACGUCCGGCGUUAGUCUACUUAUCCUGAUGUUCGUUUCCAAUAAAACAGCACAAGUGGUUCUUGCUACGAUAGGACUGAGUGCCAUGUCCAUUAGUUUUCCCACUAUUUAUCUUUACACUGGGGAGUUGUUCCCGACGGUUGUCAGGAAUAUUGGGUUUGGAUUGUGCAGUGUCUCGGCGAGAGUUGGCAGCAUAAUUGCACCUUUUAUCGCGACGAUGGGAUAUUACGGAGCAUCAAUUCCUCCCCUAUUCUUUGGAAUUGGUCCCUUGGUCGGAGCAGGCCUAUGCUUCUUAUUACCCGAAACAAUGGAUUGUAAGCUUCCAGAGACAAUCGAAGAAGCCGAGAAUUUCAGAAAGGGAAAGACAGAAAUUGCACUAGAGGGAGUGAAUUAAAGACUUCGGCACUGGAUAGUCUCAAAUUGAGAGACUUUAUUGGACUGUUAUGGCAGUAUUCACAUCACUCACCCACAAAACAUCAAUUCUCAUACUUAUAAGCGUCAUUUCCCUGUAGGUUGUAAAGCAAUUAAUGAUAUUUUAAUGUGUCGUUUCAUUGAGUAAAUCAUGAGCAGUCAUUGCUCAAUGAAAACGAAGGACUCCCAUUGUUUUUUGUAUCUGAACUCAUAAAAGUACUGUAAGUGAAAGAAUGGUGCUUGUAAUGUGAAUAAUAUGAACAUCAGCGAAACUGAAUGAUUUCAUGAUUUAACACAGUCCCUUACCCCGGGCAAUGGUAUACGUUCCUAAACAAUCUGAACUCAUAUUAAUGUACGGGAGGAGGAGAAUUAACAUAAGACAUUCAUUAAUUUUGCGUUCAGUGCAUGGGAGACUGAUAAUUAAAGACUCCGGCCUUAGACAUUCUCAAAAUACCAGACUUUAUAAGACUCUCACAGAAACAUUCACAUUCCGCAUUUACAAGACAUCAAUUUUCACAUCGAUAAAUGUUAGUUCUUUAUAGAUUAUGAAACAGUUCUUUUUUUUUAUUCAAGCGUCCAACCCAUAUUUUAAUGUCUUGUUUCAUUGAGUAAAUCAUGAGCAGCCAUUGCUCAAUGAAAACGAAAGGUUCCCAAUAUUUUUUAUUAUUUUUAUUAUUUUGUAAUGUGAAUAAUAUGAACAUCAGCGAAACUGAAUGAAUUCAUGAUUUAUCACACUCUCCCAUCCCGCAAAAUGGCACACGUUCCUAAAAAAUCGGAACUUUCUCAAAAGCUCAAGAACAAACUUGACUAUGGAAAUCAUAUUAAUGAACGUCACGUGGGGAUAAUUAUCAUAAAACACGCAUUCAUUUCGUGUUCAGUUCAUGGGAGGCUGACACUAAAUGAUCAAUAGAAGAAAUUGCAUGAGAGGACGUAAAUUAAAGACUUAUAUUCUCAAAAUAACAGACUUUAUUGGACUCUCACAGCAAUAUUCACAUUCCGCAUUCACAAAACAUCAAUUCUAAUAUUCAUAAACGUCAUUUCUCUCUAGAUUAUGAAACAGUUCAUGAUAUUUUAAUGUUUCGUUUCAUUGAGUAAAUCAUGAGCAGUCAUUGCUCAAUGAAAACGAAGGGCUCCUAAUAUUUUUUUGUAUUAGUACUCAUGAAAAUAUUGUAAGUGGAGGAAUAGUGCUUGCAAUGUGAAUGAUAUGAACAUCAGCGAAACUGAAUGAAUUCAUGAUUUAUCACACUCUCCCAUCCCGCAAAAUGGCACACGUUCCUAAAAAAUCUGAACUUUCUCAAAAGCUCAAGAACAAACUUGACUAUGGAAAUCAUAUUAAUGAACAUCACGUGGGGAUAAUUAUCAUAAAACACGCAUUCAUUUCGUGUUCAGUUCAUGGGAGGCUGACACUAAAUGAUCAAUAGAAGAAAUUGCAUGAGAGGACGUAAAUUAAAGACUUAUAUUCUCAAAAUAACAGACUUUAUUGGACUCUCACAGCAAUAUUCACAUUCCGCAUUCACAAAACAUCAAUUCUAAUAUUCAUAAACGUCAUUUCUCUCUAGAUUAUGAAACAGUUCAUGAUAUUUUAAUGUUUCGUUUCAUUGAGUAAAUCAUGAGCAGUCAUUGCUCAAUGAAAACGAAGGGCUCCUAAUAUUUUUUUGUAUUAGUACUCAUGAAAAUAUUGUAAGUGGAAGAAUAGUGCUUGUAAUGUGAAUAAUAUGAACAUCAACCGAAACCGAAUGACUUCGU